AACAUUUGAGAGCGGUACCAACUUCCGCUGCCUGAUAUUAUUUCCGGGCCUUCGCUGCAUCACUUCCCUCUCUUCUUCAGGACUGUCUUCGGGACAGACAGACCGAACGGCACCAUGCCAGCCCUCAGACCCCUCACAAAACCCAAGAUCGUAAAGAAAAGGACCAAGAAGUUCAUCAGACAUCAGUCAGACCGUUAUGUCAAGAUCAGGAAAAACUGGAGAAAGCCUAGAGGUAUUGACAACAGAGUGAGACGACGCUUCAAGGGUCAGAUGUUGAUGCCCAGCAUCGGUUAUGGAAGCAGCAAGAAGACCAAACACAUGCUGCCCACUGGGUUCAGGAAGUUCCUGGUCAACAACAUCAAGGAACUUGAAGUCCUUAUGAUGAGCAACAAGAGCUAUUGUGCCGAAAUUGCCCACAAUGUGUCCUCCAAGAACAGGAAAAUUAUUGUGGAGAGGGCAGCUCAGCUGGCCAUUAAGGUCACAAACCCCAACGCCAGACUCCGCAGCGAGGAAAACGAAUAAUCUGCUUGUCUUGUCUUUUCAAUAAAGUGGAAAAACAGAAAAACACAA